CGUGAGGACCUCCUUCCUCUCGGACUCAACAGCAGUAAUGGCGGACUACGAUGAUCGGGCCUAUAGCAGCUUCGGCGGCGGCCGAGGGCCCCGUGGCGGCGGCGGCUCCGGAGGCCCCAGGAAGCAGAAGGAGUUGCCCACGGAGCCUCCGUUCACGGCGUACGUGGGGAACCUGCCCUUCAACACGGUGCAGGGCGACAUCGACCUCAUCUUCAAAGAGCUCAGCAUCCGCAGCGUGCGACUGGUCCGAGACAAAGAGACAGACAAGUUCAAAGGUUUUUGUUAUGUUGAGUUUGAUGAUUUGGAGUCUCUAAAAGAAGCUUUGACGUAUGACGGCGCUCAAUUAGGUGAAAGGUCGCUGAGGGUGGACAUCGCGGAGGGACGGAGGCAAGAGCGAGGAGGCGCCGGCUUCGGAUUCAGGAAAGAUGAAGGUAGAGGACGAGGAGGAGGCUCUCGAGGAGCUCCCCGAGGAGGAGGAGGAGGAGGAGGAGGACGGGACUCCCGAGAAGAGUUCUACGACCAGCCAGGAGGAGGUUUCAGAGAUGACGACUACAUGGGGGGGCGGGGUCGAGGAGGCGGCAGUCGUCCCGGCGACAGACGAGGAGGAGGCACAGGAACAGGUCGCUUCAGGGAGGGGCCGCCCCGCGGAGGAACGACAGAUUUCAGGGAACCCUCUGAAGAGGAGCGUGCACAGCGGCCCCGCCUGCAGCUGAAACCUCGGACCGUCUCAGAACCGCUCAACCAGGUCGCCAACCCAAACUCUGCCAUCUUUGGCGGAGCAAAGCCACGAGAAGAGCACUGACCCGUUUAAAGCAGCCGUCGCAGCCUCCCGACCGGACGGCGGCGCUAACACGUCGCCAACACAGAAGAAGAAAUUUGAAGGUUUUUUUUUUUUUUCGGUGUCCUUCGAUUGUUUCAGUGUGGAUCCGACGCCGACUUCCACCAAGAAUUUGUUAUUAAAUGAUCUUCAAAGUCUAAAAAAAAAAAAAAAUCUUCUUGUCCAAUAAAGCUGGAACUUUGGUUUGUAGCUCAAAUUGUAGCGUGUGCUUCUUUGGUUCUGGUUCUGGAGCCUGAACCAGGUCCAGGUGAGGUCUGUGUGGAUCAGGUCUGUGGUGGCUCAGGUGAGCAGCGUUUGUUUACCGGGACGUAAACUUUUUCUAAACAUGUUAUUGUUCAUUUGUUGCCCCACUGUUUAUUAUUGCAAUAAA